GUUAUGGCCAUCCAGGUAAUUGGGCAGGCAUCUGGAGGAGGAGGGCUGUUCCCUGGCAGCGGCAACAUCGGCAUGGCCUUGUCUAACGACAUGUAUGAUUUGCACGGCCUCUCUAAAGCAGAACUAGCCGCCCCGCAGCUCAUCAUGCUGGCAAACGUGGCCCUCACUGGGGAAGUCAAUGGCAGCUGCUGUGAUUACCUGGUUGGCGAAGAAAGGCAGAUGGCGGAGUUGAUGCCUGUCGGGGAUAACAACUUCUCCGACAGUGAUGGGGAGGGACUGGAGGAGUCUCCUGAAAUAAAAGGUGAGCCCAGUGGACUGCGCAACGUGGAGCUUCAAAGUUUGGAACUCAGUGUGGUAGAACCGCAGCCUGUGUUUGAUGUGUCCGCCGCCCCAGAAGUUUACACCGCAAAUAAAGAAGUCCCCCCGGAAGCACCUGGAGCAGAGGACAAGUGCAAGAACCUGAAGACCAAACCCUUCCGAUGUAUGCCGUGCCAGUAUGAAGCCGAAUCCGAGGAGCAGUUUGUACAUCACAUCCGAGUUCAUAGUGCCAAGAAAUUUUUUGUGGAGGAGAGCGCAGAGAAGCAGGCAAAAGCAAGGGAAUCUGGCGCAUCCACAGGUGAAGAGGGGGAUUUCUCCAAGGGUCCCAUUCGCUGUGAUCGCUGUGGCUACAAUACCAAUCGAUAGGAUCACUACACCGCUCACUUAAAACACCACACGAGAGCCAGGGAUAAUGAGCGAGUGCACAAGUGCAUAAUCUGCACCUACACCACAGUAAGCGAGUAUCACUGGAAGAAGCACUUGGGAAACUAUUUUCCAAGGAAAGUGUACACAUGUGGAAAAUGCAACUACUUUUCAGACAGAAAGAACAAUUAUGUUCAACAUGUUCGAACGCACACAGGAGAACACCCAUAUAAAUGUGAACUGUGUCAUUAUUCAAGUUCUCAGAAGACUCAUCUAACUAGACAUAUGCGUACUCAUUCAGGUGAGAAGCCAUUUAAAUGUGAUCAGUGCAGUUAUGUGGCCUCUAAUCAGCAUGAAGUAACCCGCCAUGUGAGACAGGUUCACAAUG